UUUUUUUCAUUGGGAAAGGGGGGGGGGGGGUAGGUCUACAUAAUAUUUAUAUACAUGCUAUUCACACUAAUUAUCAUAGUCAUAAUCGACUUAGAUGAGUACAUGACCUCACCAUAUAGUGUGGUUCCAUUGACCCAGGCGUGUACACGAGUAGGUCUACUCUAGUCAUCUGUGAAUGUGUAAUACAAAGUCAUUGAAGUGUGUGAUGAUUAUGCAACAGUCAUGUGAGCUGGGUAUAAUGGCGAAAGAAUAUAAAAAUGUUUCCCACAAUUUUACUGCAAGAUUUUAAUUAUUCUACGAUAAAAAGAUUACUUACUUUCACCAAAUCUGUGUGAUUUAUAUCUGUUGUACAUUGAAAUAAACAAUUUUCUAUCGAACUAUUUUGUUUUCGUAGAAUCAAGGGAGGUAAUCAUAAUAAACAACAAAGAUGGCGAUCGCGACAAGGAGGAUGACACAGUCGCGGUGUCUUGCAAUUUUUACGUUGUUUGUUCUCUUCGAAUUGUCCCAAGAAAGUGACAGUAAAUCUACACAACAAAAGUCACUGCGUUUUGAAUCAGAGCGGCUUAAAUUCAAGGAUGAAAGCAGAACAUUUGUGAUUGACUCAGAACUUUUCAGAAGUGAAAAUGGGAACUCUGAAUUUGACUCUUCUAAAAGUGUAUCGGCAGGUGUAAAACUGCGAACAAAGAGGGAUGCAACUUCAUCAAAGUCAAAUACACCCAGUGCUGUAUCCGUACAGCUGAAUGACAGUCAUACUCAGAUGAUUGUCCACUGGGCGGGGGCCGGGUCUGAUGUCAUUAUUGCCCUGUCCCGCAGCAGCCAUCCUAGCAAUACUUCCACCAGUAACUUAUUUAUGUCAUACGACUACGGGAAAAGCUUCCAGAACAUGCAGAACCGUCUUUUACUGCCGAAGCAUUCGGUGCCAAUUAUUCAUCACUAUUACAACAGCCGAGUGUACAAUUCACAUUACAUAUUUACAGACAUUGUGCAUAAUUACCUGUUCACGACCCAGAAUUAUGGGCGGACCUUCACCUCGCACAGUGUGCCCUUCAUGCCAACAAGCCUGAAGCUGCAUGCUACGAAUCCAAACUUGGUACUGGGAAUGGACAAAAAUGAUACACAGAAAGAGCUCUACCUGUCGGAGAAUUUUGGGUACACGUGGAGGAUGGUUCAGCAGGGAGUGUUGAAAUUUGAAUGGGGUGAAUCAUCUUAUGAUAAUGAGUCUGUUAUUUACAUCGAACGGGAGGAACUUGGAUUUGAGGGCUCUAGUGCAUCCAUCAUUAGCAGCUCAGACUUGUUCAGAACCAGACCCAAGGUCUUACUGUACGGCGGUGGGCAAUUCAAAAUGGAGGGACCCUACAUGUUCGCAAUCAAAACACAAAGAUUGUUUGGAGCACGAGAGCCAGUGAAACAGUUGUGGGUUUCAUACAAGAGGAGUCCUUUUGUCAACGCAGAAUUUUCUGAAAGUCUUCCAAAUUAUGAUUAUUUUGUGGCAGACGCCUCAGAAGAACAGGUGUUUUUGGUUGUGACUCACAACAAAACUACGGGGCAGUCCCACUUGUACAUAUCAGACAUCACUGGAACCAAAUACUCCAAAACACUGGACAACAUCGUGUACUAUAAUCCAAAGGGGGCUCAUAGUAACAGCUGGCUAAGAUAUUUUGCCAAGGAGGCUUUUGUGGAUUUAACAAAAAUCAAAGGUCUAAAGGGUGUGUACAUUGUGAGUCAGCUGACCAAGAACAACACCUUCCAGAAAGACGAUCAGAGAAGCAUGAUUACAUUUGACAAAGGUGGGGAAUGGUCCCUCGUCCAUCCCCCUGCUAUAGACAUCAACGGCAACAAGACAAAGAACUGUUCAGCAUUUAGGAAGACGAAUUGUUCCUCUCUUCAUCUGACACAAGAGUUCAGUCGCCUGUACCCAGGGGCCAGGAAUGUACCAAUUCUGUCCCGCGAAUCAGCGCCUGGCAUUGUUGUUGCCACAGGGGUCAUAGGAACGAGGAUAAAAGACCGGCCGGAUGUUUAUGUGUCCUCGAGUGCAGGAUACCAGUGGAAAGCGGCACUGAGAGGGAACUACUUUUAUGCUAUGGGAGACCAUGGAGGACUGAUUGUAGCUGUUCCACAAUUUCAGAACACCAAAGACUUGCUGUAUUCUUGGGAUGAAGGAGAAACCUGGAACACAUAUACCUUCCACAACGAGACGAUACGAGUGUACGGGGUCCUGACGGAGCCAGGGGAGGCAACCUCUAUCUUCUCCAUAUUUGGCUCCCACGUUGGCAUUCAUAAGUGGCUUAUCAUUCAAGUCAACAUGGAGAACGUUUUCAGGUAUCCAUGUAAGAAAGACGACUACAAGAUGUGGUCCUUCCCCGAUAACCCCCCAUUUGCAGGCUGUAUUCUUGGCAAGAAGCUCAUUAUUGAAAGGCGAAUCUCUCAUGCUGCUUGUUUCAAUGGUCGGCAGUAUGACAGGAAAAUCAUAGAGAAAAACUGUUCCUGUACAAGAGAAGAUUAUGAGUGUGCCUUUGGUUUUCAUCUGGAAGAGAGCUUGUUCAGUUUCAACCAGAAAUGCAUAGAAAAUAGCGACCCAAAUACUAACAUUCACAAACCCCCAAGCUACUGCCCCCCAGGGACAUUUUAUCCAUAUUCCCGGGGCUAUCAGAAAAUUUCGGGCGACACCUGCAAGUAUGGAGAGGACUACCGGUACGACCCCCUCAUGUACUCUUGUCCAGUGGCAGAGGUGCCGGAGUUCCUUAUUUACUCAUCCAGUAGUCAUGUACAUCGAGUGUUACUAGGAAGUAACAGAGACGAGAUCAUUUAUACCGCCAGGGAUUUUAAAUCCAUCAGAACGACCGAGUUUGAUCUUCAUAACAACUGCCUGUUUGUUAGUUUGUCCACAGAAAUACAGAAAGUGUGUUAUGGAGAAAACGGAACAGAUCAUACAACUGCCAUGGUAGUCAUAAGUACCAACCUCGGGAACGUGGAAGCGAUGGCUUUUGAUUGGACGAGUAAGAACCUGUACUGGAUUGAUUCAGCAUUACGGAAAAUAGAAGUGUCCCGCGAGGACGGGCGGUACAGGAAGCAGCUCUUUAACUCCUCGUACAUGGAAAGGCCCCGGGCCCUUGUUUUGGAUCCUAGAUUUGGGUACAUGUAUUGGACUGACUGGUCAGCAACAAAACCUAGAAUUGUUCAAGCGUGGAUGGAUGGCACGCAUUACAAAGUCAUUGUUAGCAGACCAAAUGUCCACUGGCCUAAUGGCAUUACCAUUGACUACCGGACUGACCGGAUCUUCUGGACCGAUGCCUACAGACAUGGUUUAUACUCCGCUGAUUCUAAUGGGAGGAGCAUACACACAGUGAAGAAUGGACAUGGAUAUAUUCCACACCCAUACAGUAUUGGAGUAUUCAAGAACAAUUUGUAUUGGGCUGACUGGUCAAAGAAAGAAGUGCUGACCGUAAACAAACUGAAUGGACUGGGUCUACAUGUCAUCAGGAACACCACCGGUCAGGUGUCCGAUCUCAAGGUCUUCUCCACCACAUCACAGAGCGCCACGUCCCUGUGUAGUAAUGGAAACGGAGGCUGCACACAGUUGUGUUUUCCCCGCCCUCAGUACAACAUGACGGGAAUCAAGGUCUCCAAACAGAACCGUACCUGUGGUUGUAACGGAACGUCCUUCAAGAUUCCGACAGCAUCAGGGACCACGGAACAUUGCAACUGUGGAGCAAAGGACAUGAAGAUAAACGGAGUAUGUGUGCCAGCGAACCAAACCACAGUGUCCAACUGUUCCCACUCCCACUUUACCUGCGGAAAUGGACGCUGCAUUCCAUCUACCUGGCUGUGUGACCGGGAUGAUGACUGUCACGAUGGCUCCGAUGAAUUUGACUGCCCCUACUUGGAGUGUACCACUGGGAAUUUCCAGUGUAAAUCUGGAACAUGUAUUCCUGAGCGGUGGCGCUGUGACCACGAUAAUGACUGCGAUGAUGGCAGUGAUGAAAUGCAUUGUGAGUACCCGUCCUGCUCCAAGACACAGUUCACAUGUGAUAACCAGCGUUGUGUACCAUCAACCUGGGUGUGUGACCAUGACGACGACUGUCACGACAACAGUGAUGAAAACAACUGUACUUACAAUGAAACCUGCACUGAGGAGGAAUUCCACUGCGCCAGACACCAGCCUAAGUGUAUUCCCUCCACUGAGGUCUGUAAUGGCAACAAUGACUGUGUGGAUGGAUCAGACGAGGUCAACUGCACAUCUAGCACCUGUCCACACUUCAAAUACACGUGUACUAACAAAAAACAGUGCAUCUACAAGAACUGGGUUUGUGAUGGAGAAAGGGAUUGUACUGAUGGAAGUGAUGAAAUAAACUGUACUAGAACAACCACCACCCAAGCCCCAAUCCAUAAUGGCACCAGAUACUGCCAGCUGUAUUGUACUAAUGGCCAUGGAUGUUACGGAUACAGCCAGAGAUGUGAUGGAAUUCGGGACUGCUGGGACAGCUCGGAUGAGAUAGACUGUGGUUUUCCCACAAGUUCGCCCACCACAUGGAGACCCCCACCAGUGACAUCGGGAAAUAUCUGCAGCGAGAACCAGUUUUACUGCUACAAGGGCGGUGACAUUCAAUGUAUUCCUCAGAGAUGGGUAUGUGACAACACGACGGAAUGUGCAGACGGAGAGGACGAGGGGGAGAUUGCUUGUAAAGGGUUAGAGCACUGUCCUGACAAAGACUUCAAGUGCCUGUACAUGGAUGGCUGUGUCCCGCAUAACAAGGUCUGCGAUGGCCACAGUGACUGUCUCGAUGGAACUGACGAGAUGGGAUGUACCAUUUCAUCGCCUUUACAAACUACUACUGCAGCCCCAGUUGAUGAGUGUGAGCAGCUUAGAAAUCGGAGUUCCAUACAGGAAUUUCGUAAACUCUAUUACGUUUGUAACCUGCAGUCUGUGGAGACGUGUGGAUUGUGGUUAAGAGUUUGUGAUUGGUCAAAUCCGUGUUAUCUUUAUGGCAGCCUGAUCGCCACAUUGUGCUCAGACAGAGUAAAUGUGACACAUCUGGAAGCCAGACCUGAUCCGGAGAGGUCCAUUCACAUUACAUGGCGUCGACCUGUAAAUCUGAAAAACAAAACACUACAGUACAUAGUAUCUUACCUAGAGCUUGAAGAUGAAAAGACGUGGCAAAAUAUUUCUCAAAAUUUGAGCAGCACAACGUACACCAUCAAAAAUGUACGGUCAUCAUUCCAGUACCAGAUUGCAGUGUACGUCAUCACCCCGGAUAAAAAGAUUCACAUUCCUGUAAACCCCAUCACUGUCACCACUCUACAAGCAGUACCUAGGGCACCCUUAUCGCCAACAGUAAAUUUCAAGGAAAAGCGAAUGACUAUUCAAUUCACCUGGUCCAGGCCAGCAGGUACACAACCAGGAGAGAUAAUAUUCUACAAGGUUUACUGGAAGGCAGCAGAGGAAAAUGUAACCUCUUCCGUCUCUGUGCCGGGAAAACUUUUCAUGUACAGCUUUGACAGGGAAACUCUGAAAUACAUGAAGAAAUACAAGUUUUGGGUUUCAGCAGUGAACAGUGAAGGGGAGGGGGAGAUAAGCAAGAAAGUACCAGACCCAGCCCUAGUGUUUGAUGAGGCUGGGAUUACUUCUACAGUCAGUUUUACUGAACCGGAAAUGAUCGACUCCUUUACCAUCAAACUGAAAUGGUAUGCCAUUGCUAAGGCUUCUUCUUACAAGAUUACCUACCAAAAUGCCAUGAAUGUUCCGGUCUCAGUCGUAGUGAAAGGCAAAACAACUGCAACAAUUAAUCAUUUGUGUCCGGGAUUCCAAUACCUUUUCCAGAUAGCAGCCUCCAACGAUCACGGUGAUGGGCCGUCUAGAACCAUCAUGCUGUACACAAAUGGAACUACUCCGGACCUGCAGAUUUCUGGUGCUAACAUGACUGAUAAUACAGUAUUCAUCAUGUACUGGAAACCUCUCAAUGGGAAAAGUCUCAACUGGGAAAGUCCAAAUCUACAGAAUAUAACCUACACCGUGUAUUACGCUUUUGACCCACGUGACCUAGAAGUUGGAGCUGAUCCAAGAGAAAAAGCGAAGAACAUUUCCGUAACAAACAAAGACCAGGUCAAGCUGACCAGACUCCGAGCUUGUGAGUCGUACACUGCUAAAAUUGCUAUGACAUCGCCAGGGAUUUGUCCAUUAUCUACUGUGAAAACGUUUACCACAGGAGAAGAUAGACGAGCUCCACCAGAGGAUUUGGAAUUUAAACUUUUCAAAGACAACAAGACAACUGGAAAUUUAACAUGGAAUGCAGCCUGCUUUGAAGAGUUCUUAAAAGUGGGUUAUGUUGUCAUAGUUACCGAGGAUCUUAACAAUAGCACUUUCCGAUCAGAGAAAUAUACCGGUACAAAAGAUCUGAAGUUAUUCCAGACUCUGGGGCCACUGCGGAGGGGUGCCACCUACACAGUGGUGAUUCAGAGGGAUGUCCCAGGGGUUCUUCACCCCACGCCCUCAGACCCCCUCAAGAUCAACAUUGAGCCGUAUGCAAGUCCUGUCAAUCUCAUUGGUUCACCUCAGUCUGAUGUCGGCAAAAUAACGCUGGUCUGGACCCCUAGCCCAGACGAUGCUCCAAAACCUGAAAACCUAAAGGGAUAUGAAGUUCAGUGGAUGAAGAGUCAUGCUGGUGGCAGUCACACACAGAAGACAGAGUUCCAGAGGCUCGGAAUCUUGGGCGGUACAAUUACAGAUUUUAAAAUGGAACCCUACUCCGACUACCACUUCAGGGUCCGUGUGGUCACGAAGGACGGAUAUAAUGGGACGUGGAGUAACGAGUACCACAUUCUGUCAUCAGAGGUGAUAGCAGAGGCACAGAAUUCCGAUGUGAAACUGUCUAAAACUAAUCUUAUCGCUAUCAUCGUUUCCAUCACCACUGUUGUCAUCGUUCUUGUCAUUGUUCUCGCCUUCUUCAUCAUCAGACACCGUCGCCUUCAGAGAAGCUUCUUGGCAUUUGCUAACAGUCAUUAUGAUUCUAGAUCUGGGACCACCACAUUUACAGCUAAUGAUAUUGGAGAAGAGGAGGAUUCCCCUAUGAUUCGGGGAUUUUCCGAUGAUGAGCCACUUGUGAUAGCGUAACUGUCAGAGCGAGGGGGAGUUUGAUGUGCCAUGUGUGACUUCCUAGCGCUGUGUUGCCUAGGCGAUCACACGUCAUGUGAUAAUGCUGUCGUUGUCUCCCUUUGACCUUUACUGUGAUUGAUAUAUAAUGUGGAUUUCAUCAUCUUAAAGUUUUGUGCAGUUGGGAAUUGUAAAAUAAAUUUCAUGCAUAAGAAGAAGUGUAUCAACUAAAUGCAGAUAAAAGGUAUAAUGCGUUAAAUUGAUUAACUAAAUUGACAAAAAUUUAUUUUCUAAUUUUGUUUUAGUACAUUUUAUUCCAUGUAUGAUCAUUUUUCAUGCUUUUGUAACCCAUCAUGUCAGGGUGACUGAGCACCUGGAAUAUUAUUUUUGGUUUUAUUUUAUUUUUUCAUUGUUUAUUCAGCAUUUGAUAUCAAAUAUAUUGAAGAUUUUUCAAACUGUGUAUGAACUCAAAUAUAUUUUUAUUUGUAAUGAUUGUUAAAAUAAGGACACAAACUUGAAUAUUUGGUUUGAUGUUGAGUCGUUAAAGGACCUUUAGAUAUGUUACAAAUACUCCAUAAGGCAUAAUGCAGAAUUCAGAUUCAUUAAAAGUUGAUCAUGCAUUCGAUCAGAUUUCUGGAGAAAUUACCAAUGAGCACAUCAGACAAAUUGUAGACAUUUUUUUUUUUGUAUCGGCAUAUCAGUAGAAACGUUUGACUCUGCUUGUUAGAUUUUGUACAUUCCACUGUAUAGUAUUGCUCAGAAAUUAAUUUACUUGAGAGAAAUUGUGUGAGUGUAUAUAAUGUUAGUACAUAGCAGUGUUACAUUGAGUGUGUAGUUUUGACUCCCUGUUUCUUUUUCCGAGUUUUGCUUAAUUUCCCACUCCAAAUUUUUGUUUAUGAUUUACAUAUAAAGAAUAUAUUCCAGAAGAAUACAUUUUUUGCACACCAGUGCAAUUUUUUCUUUCUUGUUAAUGUGUGUUAAAUUUUAUUCAUAAGCUUGCAUUGAUGAACAUGGUGUUCUUUGAGUACCAUUUUAGAAAUGUUAGAAUGUUGGUCAACUUCUUGGUGCAAAAUUGUGUGAAGGAUGUUUAAAAGGGAUGUGAUAAUUGUUACAAAUAUAAACAAACUGAAAGUAAUAAUCGUUACAUGUACACACUAAAGCCAUCUCUAUUCUGUGUACCAGUGACAGGGGUGCCUUUUUAUUUUUGUGAUGUAGAUGAGGUUGUCAUUUCUCUAAGGUUGCAUUGUAAACCUUUUUUUGGAAAAUUGGCUUUAAUGUUCGAUUCAUUGAAUUAACUGUAAGCUCCAAACUAACAUAGAAAGUAGAAUUAUCUCCCUUUAUAGAAAGAGAAUUUGUGAGGUUUUUCAAGGUUAUUUAAUAUUAUAUUAGAAUUAUUGUCAAGUAAACUUUCAUUAGAUGCAUUAAGCUAUUAUCAAUGGCAUUUUCAAAGGAAAUCAUAUGCUGAAUUGUCCAAAAUUAGUACAUGAUAUUUUAUAGGGGAGAUAACUCCUACUGGACAUUUUUUGUAUAGUUUAAUGGGAGGCUGUUUUUACCACAGUUCAUAUCUUGACCUGAAAAGCACUUUUUUUCCAGUAAAGGAGGGUAACCCCACUUAAUACAAUCUGUUGGUGAGAGAAGAUAGAUUAUAUGUGCGGGGGUGGGAGUUUAAAGUACUUGUAGCUGGCUCCCCCUCCCAGGAACAGUUCAGCAGUACUGAUAGCUGAACACACACACACCCUGCCCAUGUACAAUUCAGCGGAAUAGAUGCCACAUCUAGAGUGAAACUGAUUUUCUGAAUCUCAAUCAACUGUUUUUGUUUUCAGCUAUUAUUUCACUGUUUUUAAUGCAGUAUACUGUAUAGUGAGUAGUGACAGGGCUUUGUAGUCCUGUUUGUCCUUCGUUUUUUGAAAACAUGCAUAACUGAUAAAACAAACUGAUCUGCUUAAUCUAAGAAUCUUUGUUAAUUGUGUCAGAUUUCCAUUUUUAUUAUGAAAUACAUGUUAGAUGACAGUCUGAGCUUUUCCAUGCUUUUUUUUAUACUUAUGAUGCAGGUAUUUAAAGGUCCUCUGUAGGAUUUGUUUUACAACCAUGAAGUAGAAACAUGCCCAGCGUAGGGUCACCCAGGGUGUCAGAUGAAAUGGGCAGAUUAUGCUGAUGUUAUGUCAGACGUGUCCAAACUUCUCUGUUUUAGGUGAUUUUAGCUUUACUCUACAUACAGUGAUAACCAAAGCAUGCUGUGCUCAGAGGUGUGUCUCAGGGUUCAUACUGAGCGACUCCUAUUAAAGAGACACUACAGCUCAUUUUCCACAUUUUAAUAAAGUGUUUUUUAAAACAUGUAUUGAUAAAAUGAUAAAAUUCAUAUCGAUACUGACAAUUUUGAACAAUUGGGAUGCAUCAAUUUACUCUCAACUGCGCUUUGAAGAUCGUUCGGAAUUUAAAGGUUUCUUCAUUCUGACUCGGACUUUUGAAUGCUUAUUUACAUCACGUGGUUUUGAAUGACAGCAAAGGUGUUGUGUAGGAAAUUAUUUAAAUUCCCCUUCAAGGAGGUCCACACUCACCUUUCAAGUAUAAGAGUAUUCCCUGCUCCUUAAAAUAAGUAAUUAUAUCAAUCAUUAUUUCAUCAGAAACCCGUCCAUGUUCCCAUUGAUCGAUGUUUUUACAACUAACACGUGUCGUGUUCAGAUAAAAAUAGCACUUACUUUUAAAAGUAGUGUCUUAGCAGCUAAUCUCAAUGGCAGAUUUAGGGGGGGGGGGGGGGGGGGGGCAGGGGCAGGAUCCCCCCUCCCUUUUUACGCCACAGAUUUUGAAUGAAAAUCCAAAUGUUGCACCAGAAUGGUCGAUUACUGUGGCUAACCUUUGACUUUCACACUCCCUUCGGAAAUCCUAGAUCCGCCACUGAGUUACAUGGGUUUCUCCGAACUCUUUGUUUUCCAACGGUCAAACUGAUACCAUGGUAAAUUCUAUUUCACGUAUGAGUUUUAUCUCAUUCUAUUUUUACUUCUUUUCUCACAGAAUCUGUCAAAAUUCUAGAUCUAUCAACUACACUUUCUCUCACUGGACGACAUGCUGCACUGUUUACUGUCUAUGCGUCUGAAGACUGAAAGGAGGAGACUCGAUAUUUUUUGUAUAGGCCAUCAAAAAGUAUUAAUUUUUACGUUAAAACGAUAAUUUUUAACUUUAGAUAAAUGUUAUUUUCGCAAAGUUCAUACUUUCAACAAUGCAACAAAAAUUGAGAAAGCACUAGGAAAAUUGUCAUUUCAUGAUUUUUGCGCAAAAUGAGCUGUAGUGUCUCUUUAAGCAGACCUUCUGAUGUCUUCUCCCUUGCUUUUGUGUCCCCCUUUCCUUUACAUAUCAUUUUUCUUCAGGAAUAUUUUGUAUACAACAUGUAAGAAUUUAUAUUGCACAGUUUGUAUUUGUAAAAAUAGAUCUGACAAAAUGGAAGAUUGUUCCAGUAUUUUAUAAUUCUUUGGAAUGAAUACGAGGUUACAUCUUGCAUCCAUAUAAUGUACCUAACGCUUUACACAUUUAACGUUUUUAUAUUGUGUUACGUUUCACCUGUGGGUUCAUUGGCACUUUAUAGAAUUAUCAUCUUCCCUAGUUUUUGAAUUACUUCUUCAUUUAUUGGUAAGAAUUGUAAUAAGUUGUAUACAUAAAAUGUUGUAUCGGAUCAUGAACUCUGUGCUUGAAAUGAUUUAUUGCUUGUUGAUUAAAGAAAUAUCACCAUAA